AUGUUGAAGAACUCAGACUCCUACACCGAAGGUUACAUCAAACUCGCUUGGAUCAUAAUAUCAACAUCACCAUCAACACACUCAAUGGCUCCAUCUCAGUUGGCGAGGAUGUAUCACCAAUAUGACGCUAAAUACUCCAACUUUAUUAGAAAUCUAAUUGCUAAUUCACAGCUAGCGCCCACCAAUUUGGUUAUUUCACUAUAUUACUUGUACAAACACUACCAUCAAAAUAAUAUGCUAGUGACGAAAUUGGAGCAAGGUGAAGACAGUAUAGACCCGUUGCAUCUCCACUUGAUUAUAACAUCACUCAUACUUUCAAAUAAAUCAUAUGACGAUCAAUCAUACACUUUGAAAACAUGGUCCAUCAUUAUCAAUAAUACUUGCAAAGAUUACGUUGACGUUAAACUACUAAAUACAAUGGAGUCAUAUUUUCUAAGUUCACUUGAUUUCAAAUUGUCAUUUAUUGGAAUGAGCAGUGAUGGCUAUUUUUGGUCUCUUUUUGAAAAAAUCGGUGGAAUUGAUUAUUUAACCUUGUCCACAUUUAAAUCGUUGGCAAUCGAUGAUUACAACUACUACUACAACAACAACAACCAAAACACACCACCACCAAUCAAGACGCAGUCAUACACCCCACCACCAUCACCACCUUGGAGUUACGAUAGUUACUACGACAACAUAUCAAUGAAUUAUUCGCAACUACAACCUCAACAACCGGGUUACUACUUUCAACAGAAGCCGGUUUACAACUUGAUGAACGCAUAUGCACCAACACAACUAUAUUAUUAA